AUGGUUAGCCAUAGUAUUAGAGAACUUGUCAACAACGACGCCUCACUUAAGGUAAGGGUGAUCAUUGCCCAUAUUCUUGAAAAAUACGGGUACAUUAUAUCUUACAGGAAAGCAUGGAUCGCUAAGUGCAAGGCGGUAGAGUCACUUUAUGGCAAUUGGGAAACAUCUUACAACGACCUACCGCAGUGGAUACUGGUACUGAAAACCUUCCUUCCAAGAACCAUUAUAGAUUUGCAAACCCUACCUGCGAUAUCAAGUGAUGGUUCCCAAAUCUCUGGAAAACGAAUAUUUCAUCGUCUGUUUUGGGCAUUUCGUUCGUGUAUACGUGGCUUCGCCUACUGUAAGCCUAUUGUGCAAGUAGACGGAACUUGGUUGUAUGGAAAGUACAGAGGAACUCUAUUGAUGGCGGUGGCACAGGAUGGUAACGCAAAUAUUUUCCCAAUAGUAUUUGCAUUGGUCGAAGGUUACGCAUUGACGGAGGCUAGAUUUAAUUACUAUCACGGAGAAAUCAGAAGAACAAACAUUGAGGCUUCAAAUUGGAUAGACAAAAUUCCUAGGGAGAAGUGGGCUAGAGCAUUUGACGGAGGGCAACGUUGGGGACAUAUGACAUCUAACUUGGCAGAGGCCAUAAACUCUGUACUAAAGGCAACCAGAAACCUUCCAAUCACUGUAUUGGUCCAGUCUACAUACUAUCGAAUGGGUUCACUCUUUGGUAAACGAGGACACAAAUGGACCAAAAUGCUAUCUUCAGGCAAAGUUUUCACAGAUGGUUGUAACAAGGGAAUGGAUGAUGAGGUAGCCAAGGCUAACACACACAACGUCAUGCAAUUCGAUCGCGAAAGAUUUUGUUUAAUGGUGCAGGAAAAGAUUAAUUACAACGAUGGUCGUUGUUGCGGUGGAAAUAGGAUAACAAACUAUUAA